AUUUUUACGUUGAUCCUUUUGGGUGAUCCCAACUUCCGGCGAAAUCGGAGAAGUGUCUCACUCGAUUACUCUGACAAGGCCUAACGUUUCUCACUCGUGGGCAGAUGAACGGGGUUUCGGUAAUAGCCAUGACCCUGUGAUCGCCUACAAGUCAGCUAAUUCACUUUUCAAGAAACUGGGAGACGUCGCCGUAGACGCUGGUUUGACUAGACACAACAUCGUCAGAGCCACAGGUUAAACGUUACCCUUCGACAGCUAGCUAGCUAAAGACGCAGCUAGUUUUUCGCCAGCCAAGCACCUCAAAAUUAGAUACUGGUGUCUGUUUCAACAUGUCAACUGCGGGAUUUAAUCCCCAAAAUGGGACAGGGACGGCACAGGUAUAUGCGAAUGGUCCAUCACAGAAUCCAGUUGCCCUGCAGCAGCUGCCAGGGGUCAGCUAUGGCAUGUCUAACCAACCAGGGUACAGUCCAGUGCAGGCCAAAGCUCCCCCACCCCCUGGUCCUGGACUCUACCCCUCUGGAGCAUACCAGCCUCUCCCCUCAGUCAGCUACUACCAGCCACUCACCCCCUACCCAGCUCCAGCAGGCCAGCCACUGGUGAACAGGCCUCUAAUAAGAGGCCCUCCAUCCCAUACCCCUCCUCAGUCUGCCAGCCCCAUCCCCCAUCCUAGGCUGCCUCCUGCACAGGCUACACCUCCUGCUCCUGUGUCUUCUAGUAGCUACUACUCAAACCUUCAGCAGCCGCAGCCCCUAGCUCCAGCAUGGCAGUACAGUACACCUCACCCACCAGUGGGGCCAUCCACCUCCAUGAACAUGCCUCCCUCCAGCCCUGCGGCGAAUCAUGUGAACCCAGCUGCGAGUUCAACAGCACCGCCGCUGCCACUGUCAUCGGCAGCUUACAGCUCUGCACCACCGGCUCCUGUGUCCCAGAGCACCACCCAGCCCUUAGUCCCAGGGAUGCCCCCCACAUCUUUGCAUGCAUACACCCAGCCAGGCACUGCACCUCCACCAGUGAAUCCCAUGGCUCCUCACACAUACCAACCAAGCAGAGUUCCCUAUGGGCCCCCACCUACAGGCCCACCUCCAGCCAUAAAACCCACACCACCUCCAACUGGACCCCCAAUGGCCAAUGUUACACCUCCACCCCCUAAAGCAGAUGGGAUGCACUCAUUCAUUGUUGAUACCACAUAUCAAGCUCUGCUGGAUCAGCUGGGUCUCCAUGCUGCUGUAGCCCAGUGUUCUAGCAUCAGUGCAUCCCUGGUGUCACAUUCUUGCUGCUGGUCUGCCCCAGCCUGGACCACCUGGGCGGCAUUUGGGUCAUUACCCCUCCCUCCCCCCCGGGUACCAGAGCACCACAGCUCCCCACAGUGGCACCUCACCCAUGCACCCUGCGAUGCAAGCCACCACACAACCUUAUACUCGAGCAUCUCAGCCAUACCAGCAGCCACUGGGUGGCCCAGGACCAGCCCAGCUGAGCCCGUGUGGGCUGCCAUGAGCCUCCAGUCCAGCACCCCAGAGGCUCUGAGAGUGGUCAACUUACUGCAGGAGAGGAACCUGCUGCCUCCAGGAACAGUCCCUGCCCCAACACCCUGCCUGCCCCAGGACAUACAGAAGGUUAACUGCAACCCAGAGGUUUUUCGUUGUACACUGACCAGCAUCCCUCAGACCCAGUCUCUGCUCAAUAAAGCCAAACUGCCAAUGGGCCUGCUGCUCCACCCCUUUAAAGACCUCUCGCAACUUCCUGUGGUGACAUCCAGCACUAUUGUCAGGUGUCGGUCGUGCAGAACCUACAUCAACCCCUUUGUGUCUUUCCUGGACCAGAGGAGAUGGAAGUGCAACCUGUGCUAUCGGAUCAAUGAUGUUCCAGAGGAGUUUAUGUACAACCCAGUCAGCAGGUCGUACGGAGAGCCUCACAAAAGGCCCGAGGUCCAGAAUGCCACUAUUGAGUUCAUCGCUCCUUCGGAAUACAUGCUGAGGCCACCACAGCCUGCUGUUUACCUCUUUGUUCUGGAUGUAUCCCACAAUGCAGUGGAGACAGGUUACCUGAAUGUGUUCUGUCAGUCACUGCUGGACAACAUCAGUGCGCUUCCUGGAGACUCGAGGACAAAGAUAGGCUUCAUCACCUUCGACAGCACCAUCCACUUCUACAACCUCCAGGAGGGGCUCUCCCAGCCUCAGAUGCUUAUCGUAUCAGACAUUGAAGAUGUCUUUUUACCGACACCAGAUAGCCUUCUAGUAAAUCUCAAUGAAUGCAAAGAGCUUGUGGAGGAUCUGCUAAAGAGCCUGCCACAUUUAUUUGAGAAGACCAUGGAGACACAGUCUGCCUUGGGUUCAGCUCUGCAAGCAGCCUUCAAGCUGCUCUCUCCCACCGGAGGCCGCAUGUCUGUCUUUCAGACUCACCUGCCCAACCUCGGCGUGGGGGCACUCCAGUCCAGGGAGGACCCCAACCAGCGGGCCUCUGCCAAGGACAUUCAGCACCUGUCCCCAGCGACAGACUUCUACAAGAAGCUCGCUCUGGACUGCUCUGGCCAGCAGGUGGCUGUUGACCUGUUCCUCCUCAGCGCUCGGUAUUGUGACCUGGCAUCACUUGGCUGCAUAUCCAGAUACUCAGCAGGGAGUGUCUACUACUACCCUUCCUACCACCACCAGCACAACCCUGCUCAGGUGGAGCGCUUCCAGAAGGAUCUGAAGAGGUACUUAAUCAGGAAGAUCGGCUUCGAGGCCGUCAUGAGGAUACGCUGCACCAAAGGUCUGUCAAUCCACACUUUCCACGGAAACCUGUUUGUGCGCUCCACAGAUCUGUUGUCCCUCCCCAACGUGAACCCAGAUGCCGGCUUUGCAGUCCAGAUGUCCAUAGAGGAGAACCUGGACGACAUGCAGGUUGUCUCUUUCCAGGCUGCGCUGCUUUACACCUCCAGCAAAGGAGAGAGGAGGAUCCGUGUCCACACCUUAUGUCUCCCUGUGGUCAACUCGAUGUCAGAUAUCUUCUCUGGAGCAGACGUUCAAGCCAUUACUGGGCUGCUGGCUUGCAUGGCUGUGGACCGUUCCAUGGCAGCCAGUCUGAGUGACGCCAGAGAUGCGAUGACCAAUGCUGCCAUUGACUCACUGUCAUCGUACCGGCAGUCUGUGCUGACCAUCCAGCAACCUGGCCUGCUGGCCCCGGCCUGCCUCAGGCUCUUCCCCCUCUACAUCCUUGCCCUGCUCAAACAGAAAGCCUUCAGGACGGGCACCAGCACCAGGCUGGAUGACCGAGUGUUUGCCAUGUAUCAGCUGAAGUACCAGCCGCUGGCCUACACCAUGCUGAUGAUCCACCCCGCUCUGUACCGUGUUGACGAUCUCACCGAUGAGGGAGCUUUGAACAUUAAUGAGCGGACCAUCCCUCAGCCCCGAGUCCUGCAGCUGUCUGUGGAGAAGCUCAGCAGGGAAGGAGCUUUCCUCAUGGACGCUGGAACAGUGAUGUAUCUGUGGAUCGGACGGAACUGCAACCCCAACUUCCUCACACAUGUCCUGGGAGUGCCCAACUAUGCUGCUGUGCCUGAGAACCUGUACCUGCUCCCAGAGCUGGACACCGUCGAGUCGCAGAGAACAAAAGCUUUCAUUGGCUGGCUGAGGGAUCAGAGACCGUUCUUUCCCUCUCUACAUGUUAUCAGGGAUGAGAGCCAACUGAAAGCCAGCUUUAUGCAGAACAUGAUCGAGGACCGAACAGAGUCGGCACUGUCGUACUAUGAGUUCUUGCUCCACCUCCAGCAGCAAAUCUCCAAAUAACCUUCAGUGGGACUGUGGAGGCGAGGGAACACUGAAGAGAGGACAUGCAUCUGUGUGUGUGUGUGUGUGUGUGAGUGAGAGAGUGAGAGAAAACAGUGGGAGGCAGAUGUCGGGAUCCAUCUUGACACCAUCUCCAGCUGUGGUCCACCACCUUCUGAGUUGAACUGAUGUGAAGCCAAUCAAAGUAUGUGGCUGACAGCACGAGGAUAGAGAAUCCAUGCUGAUGCUUGUUUG